CGGCGCCUCUCUCUCUCUCUCUCUCUCUCUCUCUCUAAACUCGGGUUGCUUCGUUUUCGUGCGACGGCCCCUUCUCCUCCCAAACCCUAAUUAGGGUUUCCUUCCUCUCCGUCGACGCCCGCGAGCUCUGAUCACCAUCGACCAUGUCGAAGAGGAAGUUCGGAUUCGAGGGCUUCAGCAUCAAUCGCCCCGCCACCUACAGCUUCGAGCGCUCGCAGGCCCCGCAGCGCCUCUACGUGCCCCCGUCCUCGCGCGGGGGCAGCAACCACGACAACUACGAGGACAACGACCUCGACAACAUCGACUACGAGCAAGCCGACGACGCCGCGGCCGCCGAUGGCCGCAGCGGCGGCGACGCCGACGAGAUCGACCCCCUCGACGCGUUCAUGGAGGGCAUCAACGAGGAGAUCCGCGCCCCGCCACCGCCGCCGCCGCCGCACGGGGCGGCGAAGGAGAAGGUGGAUAGGUACGUGGACGAGGACGACGACGACCCCAUGGAGAGCUUCUUGAGGGCGAAGAAGGACGUGGGCCUCGCCCUUGCUGCGGACGCGUUGCACGCGGGGUACAAUUCGGACGAGGAGGUGUACGCGGCCGCGAAGGCCGUCGACGCGGGGAUGAUCGAGUACGAUUCCGACGAUAACCCGAUUGUGUUGGAUAAGAGGAAGAUCGAGCCGAUUCCGGCUCUGGAUCAUAGCGCAAUUGAGUAUGAUCAGUUUAACAAGGACUUCUAUGAAGAGAAGCCCUCUAUAUCAGGAAUGAGCGAACAGGAUGUGGCAGAUUACAGGAAAAGCUUAGCAAUUCGUGUUUCUGGUUUUGAUGUAUCAAAGCCAAUCAAACUCUUUGAAGAUUGCGGGUUCUCUACUGCUUUGAUGAAUGCUAUUUCCAAGCAGGGCUAUGAAAAGCCAACACCAAUACAGUGCCAAGCUUUACCUAUAGUACUGUCUGGUAGAGAUAUUAUUGGCAUUGCAAAAACAGGUUCUGGUAAAACUGCUGCAUUUGUACUCCCUAUGAUUGUUCACAUUAUGGACCAGCCCGAAAUUGAAAAAGAAGAAGGUCCAAUUGGGGUGAUAUGUGCUCCCACCAGGGAAUUGGCGCAUCAAAUAUAUCUAGAAGCGAAAAAGUUUGCGAAGCCUUACAAUCUACGAGUUGCCGCUGUCUAUGGUGGUGUUUCAAAGCAUGACCAAUUUAAAGAGCUUAAAGCAGGUUGCGAAAUAGUUGUUGCUACUCCAGGGAGAUUAAUAGACUUGCUGAAGAUGAAAGCCUUAAAGAUGUUUAGGGCAACCUACCUGGUGCUCGAUGAAGCUGACCGGAUGUUUGACCUUGGGUUCGAGCCGCAAAUACGAUCUAUCGUUGGCCAAAUCAGACCAGACCGACAGACUCUUCUUUUCUCUGCGACCAUGCCGUACAAAGUCGAGCGCUUAGCUAGAGAAAUUCUUACAGAUCCUAUUAGGGUUACCGUCGGUGAGGUUGGACGGGCCAACGAAGACAUCACCCAACUUGUUCACGUAAUUCCUUCUGAUGCUGAGAAGAUGCCUUGGCUGCUUGAGAAGUUGCCGUCAUUGAUUGAUGAUGGGGAUGUUCUUGUCUUUGCGUCGAAAAAGGCAACAGUAGAUGAAAUUGAAAGCCAGCUGGUUCAGAAAGGGUUCAAGGUCGCGGCACUGCAUGGGGACAAAGACCAGGCCUCUCGAAUGGACACCUUGCAGAAGUUCAAAUCGGGGAUUUACCAUGUUCUAGUUGCAACUGAUGUUGCCGCUCGUGGGCUAGACAUAAAGUCGAUAAAGUCGGUUGUUAACUAUGAUAUUGCAAAAGACAUGGACAUGCACAUCCAUCGUAUAGGGAGAACUGGCCGUGCUGGUGAUAAAGAUGGGACGGCCUACACUCUUAUUACGCUGAAGGAGGCACGCUUUGCUGGUGAACUGGUCAACAGUUUGAUUGCUGCUGGUCAAGAUGUUUCUGUCGAAUUGAUGGAUCUGGCUAUGAAGGAUGCAAGGUUCAGGUCCAAACGUGAUCAAAGAAAAGGUUCAGGUGGGAAAAAAGGUGGAGGAAGAGGAAAAGGAGGCGGUGGCGGUGGCGGUGGCAGUGGGCGAGGUGUUCGUGGUGUUGAUUUCGGCCUUGGCAUCGGUUAUAAACCCGAGGAGUCAAAUGCAACAUCUCAGCCAGCUCCAGGUAGAUCUGCUGCUGUUAAUUCGCUAAGGACUGGGAUGAUGCAACAGUUCAAAAGCAACUUUGUUGCUGCCGCUUCGAGUUCUCAGAACGAUAAUAUAACCCCAAGCGGUAGUGCUCCCAGCGCAAGACCUGUUCUACGAGGUUUUGUUUCUGGUGGUAUGAUUGGUGGAGAGGCGGCAUAUAAAACACAACCGGUCGCUCCUUUUAACCCUCCGUCCAAGCCUGAAGGAAGCACAAACGAAAAUGGGAAUAAGAAGAACCCCGACAGUUCACGGGAUAGGCCAAGGGAGAGAAAGCGGCCUUCUGGAUGGGAUCGUUGAGCUUUGUUGCAAUGUGUAAAAUACCUUUCUAUUUUGCUUGAUAAGUUAAUUCUGUAGAGGAGAUAUAAAGAAUAUGAGCAACCGGUAUGUUUGGCAAUCUCUUCAUCUUUACUUUUAGCUAGAUUUGCGCACUUUAUUCUGUCCGUCUAUUUUCAUCUACAGUUGGAGAUGUUACAAUGCUUCUUGUUGUAGUCAAAAUUCUUUUCUUUUUCUUUUUUUUUCCCCUCCCCCAUAUAUCCAGCUAUGUUCUAAUUUAUCUGAAUACAAAAAGACAAAAAGGGCAACUUGACUUUUAA